CGACCCAACGCAUGGACGGUGGUUGAGGGAAUAUUGGACAAUAAUUUGUCCGGAAUUGCGUCACUUGUCGACUGAAACCAAGGCCCCACUAAAGCUGUUGCUGAACAGCAAGAAUUCCUCGUCCUCUCUGUUCUCCAGGAAGAACCCGUCUUGGAUCUAGACUCCAAGCACUGUCGCGUGAGAGCCAUCAAGAUGGCGAUCCGGCACGACAACUUCCUGAAAACCCACGACUUCUUGGGGAAGACGAGCGCCAAGGAAGAGGCCACGAGCGACAUAUCUUCGUCCCUCGAGAGACCACCACCUCCGGCUCCCCCAGCGCCGGCGCUGCCGCCGCAGCAUUCGGUGGAACACGUCCUUCCUGGAGGGAUCGGGACUUACAGCAUCAGCCACAUUUCGUUUUUCAAUAAUCAAAACCUGCCGAAACCUGAGGCGGCCAUUUUCACGGUGGCUCAGGCAAGUAGCACUGACCGGACGGAUGAGAACUCCAACUGCAGUUCUUAUACUAACAGCGGGUUCACGCUUUGGGAUGAAUCUGCAGCCAAGAAGGGAAAGACAGGGAAGGAGAAUGUGCCUUCUGCCUCUGUACGAGAGGCGGAGGUGAAACUGGGGCCGUGGGCCGCAUCGGAGCGGCCGUCGCACUCAUCUUCCAAUAACAAUCACCGGAAUUCGUUCAGUUCACUCUCUUCCUCUCAGCCAUCAGGGGCCAAAAAUAAAAGCUUUAUGGAUAUGAUAAGAUCAGCCAAGAGUGGGAGCAAUCAGGAAGAAGAAUUGGACGACGAUGAUGCAGAGUUUGUGCUCAAGAAAGAGACUUCCCCUAUUCCUGAAGGAGAGUUGAGGGUGAAAGUUGACGGAAAGAUUAGUGAUCAGAAGGCCAGCACACCUCGUUCCAAACAUUCUGCAACUGAGCAGCGGAGGCGGAGCAAAAUAAAUGACAGGUUUCAGAUGUUGAGGUCUCUCAUCCCAAACAGCGACCAAAAGAGAGAUAAGGCAUCAUUUUUAUUGGAGGUUAUCGAGUACAUACAGUAUCUACAGGAAAAGGUAACUAAUUAUGAAGGUUCAUUUCAAGGAUGGAGCCAAGAACCGGCAAAAAUCAUGCCGCUGAGAAAUGGCCAGAGGCUGACGGAUGAUUAUGUUGAUCAAUCUGGAAACAUCAAUAGCGGGUCCGGUCCUGCUUUGGUCCUUGCGGCAAAAGUUGAUGAGAACAAUAUUGCCAUGGCCCCAGCCAUUUUCAGGAGUGCGAACAACCCUCUUGAACCUGAGAUGGGAUCUGCUAAUGCUUUCAAAUCUGUGGAGCCCCACCCUGGAAUGACAAAUAGAGCAGUUCCAUUUCCAAUGUCUCUUCAGCCGAACAUCUCGAAUUGUGUCAGGGGUAGUGGUGCAGUGGCACGAGGGGAUCCUAAUUUGGACAACAACGCAUCCCAACCGCUAACACAGAUUAGUAGAAUCAAAUCAUUGACUAACGAGUGCUCUGCUUCAACCAAUAAACUGAACGAAGAGAAGCUGACCAUCGAAGGCGGUACAAUAAGUAUCUCAAAUGUUUACUCUCAAGGGUUGCUGAAUACAUUAACUCAAGCAUUGCAAAAUUCUGGGGUAGAUUUGUCACAGGCCAGCAUCUCGGUGCAAAUUGAGCUAGGGAAGCAGGCAAAUGGUAGAAACGCCUCCUCUUCAUCUAUUCCUAAGGAUACUGAAGCUAGAAAUCAAGGAAUCACACGGCCUCGAGCUACAGGCGAGAAUGCAGAUCUGGCCCUGAAGAAGCUAAAGACGGGGAAAAGCUAGGUAGCAUAACAAUCAUCCAGAUAUUCUUUUUGUACUAUGAUUUAUUCAAAUUUUUUUUUGGGUUAAAUUUUCUUACAUAUAGGGUUCAUCCAAUCUUCUCCUGGCUAAAUAAGCUAUCCAGUUGAGACCAUUGUACAUUGUCUUUAGUUUGUUUGAAUGCACAUAACUUUCAGGCAUGUAUUACUUGUGAUAUUUCUCUUUCUUAUUUUUUUUUCCGGGGGGUCGGACUUACUUGUAAUAUUUAAUCAUAAAUCAAUUCUCACUGAUUUGGAGACUCUA